UUAUCGUUGUAGAGGCUUUUCUUCGGCUACAAGAAUUUCGGUUCUGUACUAUUUCUUGAAUCCGCAGAGUUGUGAACUCCGUUGACUGCAUAAUAUUUUCCGUGAUAUGAGUUCUCUGUUUUGCUGUUCAGCAAACAAAGCGAGUAGAAUGGACCUUUGCUUUCUGUUUGGUUUCUUUUAAGAUGGUGAUGGAUGCUAUAUUGGAAAAUUAAUAGUCUCGCUUUACAUGAAACAUUGAUACUCUGAUGGUAUCGUGCAUCCUUUCUGGGAUCAUUUGCACUACCUACUUUCAUAAAUCAUGUAACCUUGUGGGUAACGUUCUACGGAACACCUUAUGGGUAAUGGUUAAGCUUCUGUCACUCCAUUUUCUUCUCAGUUUAGGCGGUGAUAGUUGUCUGAAAGUACCCAGUGGCUAAUACUAAGUGUCCAGAUCUAAUUUACAUAUUUGAGUUUGGAUGACUGAGUAGUGAGUACUUAUACCAUCUGUUUAUUGAAACGACUUUAUAUUAAAUUUCUUCAUAUGCAUUUCAGUGUUCUCAACUUAUUAUUUCUGUGAACAGAGAAGUAUCUUCCCGCUGGUCAACUCUCCUUGGUCGCAUGACCUGUUGUAUUUUUGCUCCCAAUUGACUGCACAAUCUUUUCGAUAGCUUGAGUUUUCUGCUUUCUUUUCCUACAUGAAGAGCAAGUUUGAUUGAUUUUUUGCUUUCUGCCGUUGAAUUGGUGAUGGAUAUUGUAUCGAAGAUUAUGGCUUGUCUUUGUUACAUGAAAUAUUGACGCUAUUAUGGUACUCUAUUAACCUCUCUGAAAUCAUUUACACCUCUUUCGUGAACCAUAGUACUUAUAGAUAAUGUUUUAGCCAGUGUUGUACGUAUCGUACGAUACGGGGCCGUAUCGUACGAUACGUAUCGUAUCGUUUGAAAAAUACGAUACGAUACACCCCCUGUAUCGCAAAUGGGGGUGUAUCGUACUUGUAUCGUACGAUACGUGCGGUACGGGCCCCCGUAUCGUACGAUACGGGCUGAUUUCUAAAAAGGAGACUUGAACCCCAUUUUUUCGAGUUUUUUUUAUAAAAACCCACCCCUUCCUCAUUUCUAAUCUAUAGAUUGUACCGUUUUAGAGGGAAAUCAUUGAUUUCCAUUGUGAAAUCAUCGAUUUCCAUUGUGAAAUCAUCGAUUGUCACCGUGAAAUCAUCUAUUAAACCAUGGAUUUGUGCAUGGGUGGCUGAUUCCCAUUGAGAGGAAAUGGUUUUUUUUUAAACCAUGAAGAUAAAGAUGAAAAAGAAUGAUAUUGUUAUGAAUUUUGAUGUCUAUGAAGUAUGAAUGAUGAACCGUGAACGUGUAAGUUUAUAGCAUUUAGCAAAAUAAUAAGUCUAUCAUUAUCUAAAAGACUAAACCAUGUUUUCUAUGAAGAAUUUAUUAUUUUUAAUUUUUUCUGAUUUUUUAUGAUUUUUUUGAUUUUUUUUUAAAAAAAUUCUGAUUUAUUAUUAUUAUUUUUUUAAAUUUACGAUACGGUUACGAUACGUUACGAUACAGCGUAUCUUAAAGCCCGACCGAUACGCCUUACAAUACGCUUUUUACAACAUUGGUUUUAGCUGAUGAAAAUAGCCUCCACAGUGGUUUCACAGGCUUGAAGGGGUCUACCGGAGGCUAUUGAUAUAGUGGGAAUCCAUUUCCAAUCCACAUUAUUUUAGUUUGAGCCAUUGAGUGCUUGCCAUCUGUUAUUGGAACAUGUUAUCAACGUCUCUGCAUGUGUAUUUUAACAUUCUUGAAUAAUUCAUUAUGAACAAAAAUACGCCUUCCUAUUAGGUAAGCUAUCGUGUGUCUCCAUUUUUAUUGGUUUUCACUUGAAAAAUUCAAAUUUGAAAUGUUCACUAUUUUUCUUUUCAGAUGGUCCGUGUAUAGGCAUCUCGAUCUUGGAGAUUUUGUUUGCAAGUUAUGUUUACAUUAGUGGUUAUAACAUUUGGUUUAUUGAGUAGGAAAUAUAAAAUUGGAUUCUUGGUAGUGAAUGAGAGCACGUAGAGUUGUAAAUCCAGGUUCUUUUUUCCAAUCCGAAUGUCUGUAAUCCAUCAAGGUGUAGUAUGAAGGAUAUUAUAUGGCAUUUAUGUUGAAUCUUUCUGUUGGAACCACCAGCUAUUAAACAGUAAGUAUAAGAUAUCCAUUAUAUCUUAGAAUUCCAUUAAUGAGGCCUUCAUUAUAUGUGCAUCGGGUCCAGCAAUUAGCUUGUCUAACAUAUCGCGAAGGCACCAUAGCCCCAUUCAUUUUGCGCUGGAGGAGCACAUAUUUUACCUGUUUUCGCUUUUCAAAUUUUAAUGGGUACUUGAAUCCUUGCACUUCUCUAGUGCAUAACUGAGAAUUAAUUAUUGACAAUCAUUUUGCCGCCACUAGUUACUGUAGGAAUCAAUUAAUUUACCUUUUGAUGCUUGCAAUUCAAAAAUGUGUUGAUCAAUGAAGUGCACAAACUAGGUUAAAUGUUAACAGAUGUGUUGUUAGCACUUGGCAGUUGUUCAGUUUAACAUAAUAAAUAAUUUAACCAGGUGUAACUAUUUAUUACUGUUCAAGCAUCUUUAGCAAGCUGAAACUUUAAUCUUCAUGUCAUUAUAAAUUGGUAAAUUUAACAUCACAGGAUGGUGAACCCUUUGUCUUGUAUAGAUCCCAUUGGGAGAUUGAAUUCCAGCUUGUGGUCAGUUUUUUAGUUGAAACAAGAUGGAAGAUUUUCCAAUUAACUCUUAUUUUAAAUUAUCAACAGAAUCAAGAAUUUAUGGAUUGAUAUUGAGUUAUAGUGCUGUUAAUAACUUAGACUUGUACUGCUGUUAAUAACUUAAUGUCCAGCAGUCAUCAGUCAUGUAUGUUGGGGGUGCGAUAGUAGUCUGCGAUCAUACAAAGAAAAUGCAGAAAAGGUGAAUUUGGUGGACUAUGCAUUGCAAGUUUUAACGGAUAAUUUUUAUUUUUUAUGUUAAACUGAGUUGUAGCUCAAGGUAAUUAUGAAUGAUACAGAUCUAGCCUUUCUGAUGGUGUCUUUAGACAAUAUAAAACUGUUCUGCAGUUUACUUUGCUCGUUCUGUAGCUAUUGCUCAGGAGCUGCCAUUCAAUUCAUCAAUGAAACUUUUAAUGUUCUAGUGUAUGAUCAUGCUGCUUUAUUGUUUAUGUCAGUACAAUGCCUUGUCAGGAUGGGUAAGAAAAGUAAGGCCUCAGUUAUCAACUCUGGACGUACACACAUGGAAUACAUGCUGAAAGAUAAAGGAAAAUGGAUCUCAAAUGGCUUCAGAGAGUACGGACUCCCAUAAGCAUCAUUGUCUUAAUUGUUUCUUUUCUUUGUAAAGGAAAUAUCAAAAGAAAAGGUCAUGCUGCUAGACCGAGUAGAGAACCAUGUGUUUGUUGAGCACUACCAAACUGCUUAGCUUGUUGGAUACUGAACCCAUCUUCUACUAAAACAAACAUAGCUGCAAUGGCAACAUUUUCUUACGUUAGUGUUCCACAGAAGAGAAAGUUCAUAUACAGUGAACCAGAGCCCCCACGUGGUGGUAUUUAUGAUGGGCAGUUUCUCCGUCUUCCUGCCACAGGAGAGGUGUCGGUACAGCCAAACUUUCAGAAUUACAAUGAGCCUCGAGCAAAUGGAAGCAUGCUCCAGUCUGUGAGACCUACUGCUUAUCAGUCACUUGAUAGUUCCGGUUCCUCUGAUGCUACUCAAGACUCGUAUGGUUCCUUGAAUGCUGCUGUUAACAGGCACUUUUGGAGUUUCUCCAAUUCAGAGUCCAGCCAUAUCCUGGACACAAGUUUUGAAGAUCACAGUGCAUGUGAAAUCAGAAAGAAACUUGAAGAACUCGAAAGAGAAUUGUUGGAUGAUAAUGUUAACAAGGAGAUGGAGGACUGUCAGGACAUUUGUGUCGAUGGAGAAUGGGCUGAACCAAUAGAGAAUCUCUUGCUGGUAAAUUCCCCAAAGGAAUCAUCUUCUGAUUCAAAUCUUAGCGGCAGUAAAGAAAUGUCCAAUGGUCCAGUUACUAGUCCUCUUAGGAAUCUGAGGGAGAUAGUAAGAAGCCCAAAAGAAUUGCUCUUUGAGUGUGCAUUAGCAAUAUCUGAAGGUAAACUGGAAGAAGCAUCUACCAUGAUCAAUGAUCUCAGGCAAAUGGUGUCAAUUGAAGGUGACCCUGAACAGAGGAUCACAGCAUACAUGGUGGAAGGCCUUGCAGCUCGUUUGGCAGGUACGGGGCAUGGGCUAUACAAAGCUCUCAAAUGCAAGGAGCCACCAACCUCUGAUCGCCUCGCAGCCAUGCAAAUACUUUUUGAGGGUUGCCCAUGUUUUAAAUUUGGAUUCAUGGCAGCCAAUGGUGCCAUUGCUGAGGCACUCAAAGAUGAAAAGUGUGUUCAUAUAAUUGAUUUUGACAUAAAUCAAGGAAGUCAGUACAUAACUCUUAUUCAAGCUCUUUCUACCAGGCAAACCAGUAACCCUACACGUGUUAGAAUAACAGGGGUGGAUGAUCCUGAGUCGGUACAACGUGCAGUUGGUGGCUUGAGAAACAUUGGCCAGAGGCUUGAGAUGCUAGCAGAGGCAGCUGGUGUUCCAUUCGAGUUUAGGGCUAUACCUGCAAAAACAUGUGAUGUAACUCGGAACAUGCUCGACCUCCGACCUAGGGAGGAGGCAUUGAUUGUCAAUUUUGCAUUUCAGCUUCAUCAUAUGCCUGACGAAAGUGUCUCGACACUGAACCAGCGGGACCAUCUUCUGCGCAUGGUGAAGAGCCUGAACCCAAAGUUGGUUACUGUUGUAGAGCAAGACGUAAAUACAAACACAGCACCAUUCUUAGCUCGGUUCCAUGAGGUUUAUGAGUACUAUUUAGCUAUAUUCCAGUCAUUAGAUGUAACCAUGCCGAGGGAGAGGCCGGACAGAAUGAAUGUGGAAAGGCAGUGUCUUGCUCGCAAUAUAGUAAACAUUGUGGCAUGUGAAGGGGAAGAAAGAAUUGAAAGGUAUGAAGUUGCAGGAAAGUGGAGAGCAAGAAUGAUGAUGGCAGGAUUUGAAGCAUGCCCACUGAGCGCAUACGUGAACGAUACAAUCAGGACGCUUCUUCAUAGAUCAUACUGUGACAGAUACAAACUGAAGGAUGAAGGUGGUGCGCUGUACUUCGGGUGGGAGGGGAAGAACCUGGUUGUAGCCUCAGCAUGGAGAUAAGGUUUCUCGUUCCAUUGAAACCAGCCCGUUAAUGUAAUAGCUGGUAAUAUAUAUGUUCUUUUUUUAUUAAUUCAUAUAUAUAUGUAUAUGGUGAGGAGGUUAUGAUAAAUGAGAUGUAAUUAACCCAGA